CUUCGUCCUCCAUUUCCAAUCCCUCCGGCGUAUUGCCGGCCUGAACCCGCUUGCCGUCGACGAAGAAUCGAAUCGUCGAGAAAUCCAAUUCUUCGAGCUUGCAGUAACGGACGAGGGCCGUCUGGAUCGCUUCGUCCUUCCUGAUCGUGAAGUAGUGAUCGCGCUGGUACUCCAUCUGGACCUUUAUUCUUACGUAGCCGGGUUCUGUUUUCACUGCCGCGCCGCCGUACAUUGUUGAUUACUGAUUGCUGUUUUCCUCCUCCUUCUUCCCGGCGAUGUCGAUGAUUGCUCAGAUCUGAAUCAUGCAGAAUCAAUUUGGAACAUAAUCAAUUUCAGAUACAAUCGGUUUCAGCAGCAUUUGGGCCGGUGAUCCCACCGCCUGAAUUUGCACGCAAGACCGAGAGAGGAGAGAGAAAAUGACGGGACGGGAAAUCGAGCCUGAUCGCGGCAGCGAUGCGGCGGCGGAGGCGCAGGUAGAAAUCAAUUUGAGAGUUAUCGGUCCAACCCCACCCUUUCGCCUCGCCGUUCCGUCUUCCAUCAAAGUAAGAAUGCAGUUACCGCCGUUACUAUGACGAUUACGUAAUUCGUAUCGACGCCGUGUUUGUUGAUUUCAUUUUCUGCAGUUUUGUUUGUGAAAUACUCCGUAUAUGAUCUUUUUUUGAUCUGGAUUGCCAGUUUGGCGAGAGAAGUACACCAAAGGAAUAAAUGUUUUCAAUUCAAUUAGGAGAAAGGUUGAGUAUAUGUUCAUAAAUUAUGUUUUUUACUACUAUAAUAGAGCUGUAUUUAGAGCGAAGGAUAUGAAUAUGAUGUUGGUUGAUAAAUAUGUUCUGGUUUAGAGCUGAAUUUUCUAAUGGGGAAUUUAGUUUGUGCAUUGGCAAGCAUGACCAUUCUAUUCUAAUGUUACAACUAUUUUAGAUGUAUGAUAUAUAUCCAAUGGGAUUUGUGGUCAUGACUCAGGAGAGUAAUUACCCUUCCUUCACUAAUAGACAAUCAUUUGGAACUUGACAAACUGUGUCCAUGGGUCUCUUUGUGGUGAGAAUUUUAAUUCUGAAGAUGCACAUAAUAAAAGUCGUGAUAUGAAAGAGAGAUAUCUUCUUCCCGGAUGGCUUUCAUACUCAGAUUUUUGUUGAAAGCAAGAGAUGACCUUUCAAUAUUUUUUUCUUUGAAAAAUUCACUAUCAAUAAGUGUUCUUUUUAUAUCUAUCACUAGUAAAGAUCUACCUUUGCAUGCUACUUUUAAUUGUAUUUGCAUGUUAUUUAAAAUUUGAUGGAAUUUGACCAAAGAAAUGCCUUAAGUUUGUAGGUUGUGUGAUGUACUGAUGUCAAAUGAUGCUUGUAUGAGAGGACAAUUUAUUUGUGACAAUAAAAAACAGGUGCAUGAUUUGAGAAGAAUAGUUGCAAAACACCGCCAAUUGCCUAUUGAAGAUUUGAAGCUUGUUUUGCGUGGAAGUGUAUUGCAUGACAACCAAAAUGGGGAGGAUCUUACUAUUCAGUUCAAUGAUGGAGAUUCUUUGAUCAUUGCCGUAAAACCAAAGUCUCCUCCCAAACAUAAGUUCCAUCUACCCCAAUCAAGUAGUAGGUUUAAAAAGAAGCUUUUCUUUAUAUUACGGGAGAAAUUGAAGGUUCCAGAUAUUCUUUUGAUGGCAGUUUUCUCAAUCAGCUUGAAGAUCUGGGCUAUUAUUGUUAUCUGGUUUAUUCUGGCACCUAUUGCCCAUUGGUUUGGCAUUGGACCAUUAUAUGUAAGUGCAGUUCAAGUUUUUAAAUACCCUUGUGUUUAAGUCAAGGCUGCAAUAUAUGUUUGGUGUCUAUUCUUAGAUUCAUGUAUGUUUAUUCAAUAAGGUAUCUUUCAGUUGUUCACCUUUCACUAUUAUAUUCACCAUUAAACAGGUUAUGGCCGGCUUGGUAGCAAUAAUCAUCUUAUUCUUUUUAUCAGCAUAACAAGCAGAUUAGUGGCACUAUUGACUUGCUUAUUUGGUUGAAAUGGAUUUAGCCUGGCUACACGCUUUCCCUUUCAGAAAGUAAUUCUACAUGAUCAGCCAAGGUUCCAUAAUAUGCAUUGGAAACAAAGGAUAUUCAUAUUUAUGAAAAAUAGCUUAACUUGGUCAAAUUUUCAAUUUUUAAAACUUGAUUUAUACUGCAUCAUUAAACACGCUCUCAGAUAAGAGAAACAUGAUGUUCUUUAUCAUACAUUAUACCAAUUUGUUUGAAGUGCAUAUCCAAACUUUUUUUCGACAUGUUUGACAAAUUACAUGAAGUAAUUCUAGCUUAUCUAACCAAGCUUGUGUUUACAGCAUGAGUCUUUUUUUGGCGGGACAGAGUGAGCAUUUAGUUAAUUGUUUUCAACCAUUGCAUCUACAGAUACUUGGGACAGGGUUUGGAAUUGUGUUCUAUAAUCUUGGACAGCGGCAGCAUGGAGAGCUCAGUGCGUACUCGAUUUUCAAUGAAGAUUUCAGAGAACUCCCCGGAACCCUAAACGCAGAUCGCAUUGACAGAGAUAUUCGGGCGGGUCAGCUUUAAAAGUCACAAAUUAAUGAUCUUUCACAAGAGAUUAGUGAGGGCUCUCAAAUUUGUGGGUUUAUCUCCUACACAUUUUUGUUACAUGCUUGCAGCUAGGGGGAAUGGUCUUCUCCUUUGUACAGUGUAGCAAUAUAUGUUCACGGUGUAUGAAAGUCAACAUUUGUUCGUAUUUGUACAUGUCUUUCAAACCACUUAAGGAUGGAAAUUCGAUUUGGCAAAGCUUGGGACUUAGGAUUUAUAUUAGUAAUAAAAUGUUCAUCCACAU